CAUGAUCUCUUGAGUUUUCUAAUGCUUCCACAAAUCCUCUCAUCAGUGCUUCAGAAAAUUCCAGGUCGAUGCAAUCUUGAGCCAUGGCAGCUACUCUAGAUUGGGUCAUGAACGACCUUAAGCAUUGCAGCGAGGAAAGGGGAACAUAUGAAAUCAGACUUCCGAUCCUGACAUGACUCUAAGAAGGCUACCGCAGAUCGAGCUGAUCUCUACACUACCUCAUAGUUAGGGCGGUGCUUUGGAAUAUAUGUGAUUGACAUAACGAUUUGCAGUAUUGCGUACACCGAACACCAGACACACAAUGCCUCAGUAUGUCCACCCGCUGAGAAUGAGCAUAAGACACGUGACACGCUGCCACAUGCGACUGUAAACUUAACUCUGCCCUCUUUCCAACCAGCACCCAAAGUUCAUCUCAACAUGGACUUCGUAUGCACUAUCUGCAAAAAGCGAUUCGAUACUAGCAAAGGUCUCAAAAAUCACACCGGCACCAGUAACGUCUCCGCUCAGAGGCCGCACCCAUGUUCCCGAUGUCCCCGAACGUUUUGCAGCAAGCAGAGCCUGCGGCUUCAUCAGAAAGCGCUAUCCCAUACCAAGACGCUUAGCUGUGGUAUCUGCAACAAAUGGUUUGGUAGCAAGCAAGCCUUAAAAAUGCACACGGGCUCAGAUUCCCACGCAAAGAAGCAGUCAAGAUCUGUACCGUCAGCCACGUCGGUAGCGAACUCCAAUAUGCCAGCCAAUAGGCGCAGGACUCAACCAACCCCUCUAGCCGCAGGGGGGAACAGGCAGAUAUCGACAAGAAACGAUACCGAUGUUGAGCAAGCUAGCAGUGAGAGCGAUGACGCUAGCAGUGGGAGCUAUGAUGGAGUUUGGAUGGUCCCCGGGCAGACAAUUUUGGAUGAUGACCAGGACUGGGCGCUAUGCGAUACAGAUUGUGGAUGGUGCGGACAUUGCGCCGAUGGCAUGUACUUCUAG